AUGGCCGCAGCAGCGGAACAGCUCACAUUUCAGAUUGUCGUGGCUGCGACAAGGAAGCUUGGGAUCGGAAAGGGAGGGACGAUGCCUUGGAAAUUGCCAGGUGACAUGGCAUACUUCAAGGAGCUCACAACCAGAACGGCGGACCCCAACAACCAGAAUGCAGUCGUGAUGGGACGAAAAACAUGGGAGUCCAUCCCUCCAAAGUUCAGACCACUGCCAGGAAGGGUGAAUGUAGUGCUGAGCCGAGGCUCGGUUGGCAGCCUGGAGGCUGCCAUGGCGUUGCUGGGUGAGACCUCGUUCAAGGAGCGCAUAGAGACGGUCUUUGUCAUUGGCGGUGGCAAAGUGUACGAGGAGGCAUUGCCCUCCCCACUCUGCUCAGCCGUGCACUUCACUGCGAUUGAGGCGGACAUAGAGUGCGAUACCUUCUUCCCGGAGAUGAGUUUGGACAAGUGGCGGCUGUGGUCUGAGUCAGCGCCGCGCCGCAACGGGGACAUGCGCUACUCCUUCCAGUGCUACGUGCCCGCCUCUGCCUCCAGCAGCAGCAGCCCCCCAGCCCUGCCCCCUGCAGUGGCAGCCCAGCAUGAAGAGCUGCAGUAUCUGAACAUGGUGGAUGACAUCAUCCGCAACGGGGUAUUCCGCGGAGACAGGACGGGCACGGGCACCUUCACCAAAUUUGGCUGCCAGAUGCGCUUCAACCUGCGGCACACCUUCCCGCUGCUCACCACCAAACGCACCUUCUGGAGAGGCGUGGUGGAGGAGCUGCUCUGGUUCAUCAGCGGCAGCACGAAUGCCAACGUGCUCAAGGCAAAAGGCGUGGGCAUCUGGGAUGGCAAUGGCUCCAGGGAGUACCUGGACAGCAUCGGCCUCAACCACAGAGAGGAGGGGGAUCUGGGUCCGGUGUACGGCUUCCAAUGGCGUCACUUUGGCGCAGAGUACACCGACAUGCACGCGGACUACACCGGCAAGGGCGUGGACCAGCUGGCAGCACUGAUUGCAGGGAUCAAGGCCAAGCCAUACGACCGGCGCCACGUGCUGACCGCCUGGAACCCGGCCGCGCUCCCAGACAUGGCCCUGCCCCCCUGCCACCUCUUCUGCCAGUUCUUUGUGGCGGAGGGCGAGCUGAGCUGCCAGAUGUACCAGCGCUCCUGCGACCUGGGCCUCGGCGUCCCCUUCAACAUCGCCUCCUACGCCCUCCUCACCCGCAUCAUCGCCCAGGUGUGCGGGCUGCAGCCUGGGGAGCUGGUGCAUGUGCUGGGUGAUGCGCACGUGUAUGCCAACCACGUGGACCCGCUCAAGGAGCAGCUCAAAAAUGCUCCCAGGGCCUUUCCGGUGCUCAAAGUCAACCCUGCCAAAUCAGACAUUGACAAUUUCGUUUAUGAAGACUUUGAGCUACUGCACUACGAGCCCCACAAGAAGAUCGCCAUGAAGAUGGCUGUCUGA